AUGGACUGGUCCACCGCUCCGGUGUGCGGAGCGGCCAUCCUUGCACGAAAACUCGGCUCUCAGUACCACCCCGAGUUUGAUGGUUUGCUUCAACUGGACGUCACGACCAUGUCUGUGGGCGUCGCCAAAAACGGCGUCAUGAAGGUCGUCAUUCCUCGAGGCCGAACUUUACUGGCUAAGAACCCCGAAUCAUUCAUCACCUCCGUGGACAACCAGCGAGAGCUUCGCGUCUCCAUAUACGCCGGCGAGAGCUCGAGUCUCGCCCAAAACUUGAAGUUGGGAGACGUGACGUUGAGCGGCUUGCCACCUCUCCCCCGAGGACAGGUGACGAUCGACUGCACGAUUAACUUAGAUACAGAUGGA